UUAAAUAAAAAAGAAAGAAAAAAAAAACACUUGAGAAUCUGCAGAAACACGAAAAAAAGAAAAGUUUCAAAGCUUUUAAGAGCUUAAAAAUUUGCUUUGAAGCUUCAAAUAUUCAUAUGAACUAAAUAAGAAAAGCCUUUUGUUUCUUUUUUUUUGCUUAGAAGAAAUGAUUUUCGUUUUCAAAAUCAUUAUUUAGUUUCUCUCGUGCUCUUCUCUUCUCUAUUUUUCUCCUUUUUAGAGUUAAGAGCAAAUACAGAUUCGUUAAUUCUGCUGAAGAAGAACUCUGUUUCUUUCCUCCAACAAACAAAAGUUUUUUUUUUUUUUUUUUUUUUGUUUCUAUAAACCAUGAAGGCUCCAUCAAAUGGGUUUCUUCCCACUUCCAACGAAGGAGAGAAGAAACCAAUCAAUUCUCAACUAUGGCACGCUUGUGCAGGGCCUUUAGUUUCAUUGCCUCCUGUGGGAAGUCUUGUGGUUUACUUUCCUCAAGGACACAGCGAGCAAGUUGCAGCAUCGAUGCAGAAGCAAACUGAUUUUAUACCAAAUUACCCAAAUCUUCCUUCUAAGCUGAUUUGCUUGCUUCACAGUGUUACAUUACAUGCUGAUACCGAGACCGAUGAAGUCUAUGCACAAAUGACUCUUCAACCUGUGAAUAAGUAUGAUAGAGAAGCAUUGCUAGCUUCUGAUAUGGGCUUGAAGCUAAACAGACAACCUACUGAGUUUUUUUGCAAGACUCUUACUGCAAGUGACACAAGCACUCAUGGUGGAUUCUCUGUACCGCGUCGUGCAGCUGAGAAGAUAUUCCCUCCUCUUGAUUUCUCUAUGCAACCGCCUGCGCAAGAGAUUGUAGCUAAAGAUUUACAUGAUACUACAUGGACUUUCAGACAUAUCUAUCGAGGCCAACCAAAAAGACACUUGCUUACCACAGGUUGGAGCGUUUUUGUUAGCACAAAGAGACUUUUCGCGGGUGAUUCAGUUUUGUUUGUAAGAGAUGAGAAAUCACAGCUGAUGUUGGGUAUAAGACGUGCAAAUAGACAAACUCCGACUCUUUCCUCAUCGGUCAUAUCCAGCGACAGUAUGCACAUUGGGAUUCUUGCAGCUGCAGCUCAUGCUAAUGCCAAUAGUAGCCCUUUUACCAUCUUCUUCAAUCCAAGGGCAAGUCCUUCAGAGUUUAUUGUUCCUUUAGCCAAAUACAACAAAGCCUUGUACGCUCAAGUAUCUCUAGGAAUGAGAUUCCGGAUGAUGUUUGAGACCGAGGAUUGUGGGGUUCGCAGAUAUAUGGGUACAGUCACUGGCAUUAGUGAUCUUGACCCUGUAAGAUGGAAAGGCUCACAAUGGCGUAAUCUUCAGGUAGGAUGGGAUGAAUCAACAGCUGGAGAUAGGCCAAGCCGAGUAUCCAUAUGGGAAAUCGAACCCGUCAUAACUCCUUUUUACAUAUGCCCUCCUCCAUUUUUCAGACCUAAGUACCCGAGGCAACCGGGGAUGCCAGAUGAUGAGUUGGACAUGGAAAACGCUUUCAAGAGAGCAAUGCCUUGGAUGGGAGAAGAUUUUGGGAUGAAAGAUGCGCAGAGUUCGAUGUUCCCUGGUUUAAGUCUAGUUCAAUGGAUGAGCAUGCAGCAAAACAAUCCAUUGUCAGGUUCUGCUACUCCUCAGCUCCCGUCUGCGCUCUCAUCUUAUAACCUACCAAACAAUUUUGCUUCCAACGACCCUUCGAAGCUUUUGAACUUCCAGUCCCCAAACCUCUCUUCCGCAAAUUCCCAAUUCAACAAAUCAAACACGGUUAACCAUAUCAGCCAACAGAUGCAAGCACAACCAGCCAUGGUGAAAUCGCUACAACAACAACAACAACAACAACAACAACAGCUGCAACAACAACAACAACAACAACUACAGAUUUCACACCAACAGCUGCAGCAACAAGGGAAUUAUAGCAAUGGUGCGAGUGCUGUUGCUAACCAAGUCUCUUGUCAAAAUCCAAACCAACCUACUGGAUUCUCUCAGUCUCAGCUUCAGCAGCAGUCAAUGCUCCCUAGUGGUGCUAAAAUGAUACACCAGAACAUAAAUUCAGUGGGGAAUAAAGGCUCGUCUCAAAUGACAUCGUUUGUGCAAGAAAUGCAGUUUCAGCAGCAACUGGAAUUGCAUAAUAGUAGCCAGUUAUUAAGAAACCAGCAAGAACAGUCCUCUCUGCAUUCGUCACAACAAAAUCUGUCCCAAAAUCCUCAGCAACUCCAAAUGCAACAACAAUCAUCAAAACCAAGUCCGUCACAACAGCUUCAGUUGCAGCUACUGCAGAAGCUACAGCAGCAGCAACAGCAGCAGUCGGUUCCUCCAGUAAGCUCAUCCUUACAGCCACAAUUAUCCGUGUUGCAGCAGACACAAAGCCAUCAAUUGCAACAACUUCUGUCAUCGCAGAAUCAACAGCCCUUGGCACAUGGUAAUAACAGCUUCUCAGCUUCAACUUUCAUGCAGCCUCCACAGAUUCAGGUGAGUCAUCAGCAGCAAGAACAGAUGAACAACAAAAAUCUAGUAGCCGCCGGACAAUCACAUUCUGGUCACACAGAUGGAGAAGCUCCUUCGUGUUCAACCUCACCUUCCGCCAAUCACACCGGACAUGAUAAUGUUUCACCGACGAAUUUCCUGAGCAGAAAUCAACAACAAGGACAAGCUGCAUCUGUAUCUGCAUCUGAUUCAGUCUUUGAUCGUGCAAGCAAUCCGGUCCAAGAGCAUUAUACAAAAACCGAGAGCCGGUUCAAUCAAGGCAUGGUAAAUUUGAAGAGUGGUGGUGAACAGUUCAGAUUUAAAGGCGCGGUAACAGAUCAAAUCGAUGUAUCUACAGCGGGAGCGACGUAUUGUCCUGAUGUUGUUGGCCCUGCACAGCAGCAACAGACUUUCCCACUACCAUCAUUUGGUUUUGAUGGAGACUGCCAAUCUCAUCAUCCAAGAAACAACUUAGCUUUCCCUGGUAAUCUCGAAGCCGUAACUUCUGAUGUUCUCUAUUCUCAAAAGGACUUUCAAAACUUGGUUCCCAACUAUGGCAACGCACCAAGAGACAUUGAGACGGAGCUAUCCAGUGCUGCAAUCAGUUCUCAGUCAUUUGGUAUUCCCAGCAUUCCCUUUAAGUCCGGAUGUUCAAAUGAGGUUGGUGGCAUCAAUGAUUCCGGCAUCAUGAAUGGUGGAGGACUGUGGCCCAAUCAGACUCAACGAAUGCGCACAUAUACAAAGGUUCAAAAACGAGGAUCAGUAGGAAGAUCAAUAGAUGUUACCCGUUAUAGCGGCUAUGAUGAACUUAGGCAUGACUUAGCAAGAAUGUUUGGCAUCGAAGGACAGCUUGAAGAUCCGCUAACCUCUGACUGGAAACUCGUAUACACCGAUCAUGAAAACGAUAUUUUACUCGUUGGUGAUGAUCCUUGGGAAGAGUUUGUGAACUGCGUGCAGAACAUAAAGAUACUAUCAUCAGUAGAAGUUCAGCAAAUGAGCUUAGACGGAGAUCUUGCAGCUAUCCCAAUCACAAACCAAGCCUGCAGCGAAACAGACAGCGGAAAUGCUUGGAAAGUACACUAUGAAGACACUUCCGCUGCAGCUUCAUUCAACAGAUAGAAAAAAAGUAUACCAAAUCAACUUACAUCAAGAUCAUUCUGAGGCCAUCGCAAAGUACAGCUUUAUUUUUGUGUGUGUGUACUGCAAACAACAAACUGAGAGGAAGAAGAAGAUACUGCAAGGUAUAUAUACAUUUUUAUAGGACAGUGAUUUGAAUUUUCAUUCUAACUUGAUGUUGUUGUACUUUCUUGUUUACAUAUUUGUAUAACCAAAGUAUAAUGCUUGACAAGUCUAUGAAGAGCAAAUUUUAUACAGAGAUACUAAGAUGUAAUGUAACUAAACAAUUACCUUCAUUAACCAUGAAUCUUUUGGUCCU